UCGCGGGUCUUGGCUCGUUGUUAGUUGGAGACGUCUUUGCUGCGGGUGGCCAAGGGGAGCCUUCCGGACCCUUGCUGUCGUUCCUCCCCCCCUUUCUUCCCGGCUUCCCCCGGGGGUCCCUGUCCCCCUUUUUUUGGCUACUCAAGGAACCAAAAUAGUAGCCCUCGCGGCGACCUAAUGAUUGGGUGAGGUGCCAUUACAUCAUGUUGCCUGGGCUGCCUCCCUGGUUUUCUCGCGCUGAGGAGAAAAGGGCGCGCGCGCGCUUCUUAGUGGGAGCGGGAAGCACAUCUGGGAAACCGCAGGCGGCGGCGACGGCGCGAGGCAGGGAGAGAGCUGCGCGCGGGAGCUUCCCUUCUUCUUGACCAGCCGGGGGCUCCUAACUCCUGGGGAGUAGGGUGGGGGGUGGGGGCUCUGAGAAGACGAGCGUGGAGGGUGACGAGAUGCUCCGAGGCAAGUCCCAGGAAGCAGAGCCCGGAGGGCGAGGGGACCACUUUCUCCGCUGACCGCCGCUCGCUUAUCCAAGCGCAGGAAAAUGGGCUUUGAGAACGCCACGGAGAAGCGCUGGGGGAUGGCUGACUUCACAUAUAAUUUGUCUUCUCAGCCUGAACUGUUAAGGAUGGCCAACUUCACCAAUGGCAAUUUCACCAAGGAAAACAUCGCUAAGUAUAAAAUUGUGGAAAUGAUUUUCAUAGCUACCGUAACUGGGUCACUUAGUCUUGUCACUGUGGUUGGAAAUAUCUUGGUCAUGCUGUCCAUCAAAGUGAACCGCCAACUUCAGACUGUCAACAACUAUUUCCUCUUUAGCUUGGCCUGUGCUGACUUGAUAAUUGGCAUCUUCUCAAUGAAUCUCUACACCGUGUAUAUAGUUAAGGGCUAUUGGCCACUUGGGGCUGUAGUAUGUGACCUCUGGCUGGCGCUGGACUAUGUAGUGAGUAAUGCCUCUGUCAUGAACUUACUCAUCAUCAGUUUUGACCGCUAUUUCUGCGUUACCAAACCACUGACCUACCCAGCUAGGCGGACAACCAAAAUGGCAGGACUGAUGAUUGCAGUUGCUUGGAUAUUAUCCUUUAUCCUCUGGGCACCUGCCAUAUUGUUUUGGCAGUUCAUUGUCGGAGAGAGGACAGUACCAGAAGGACAGUGUUACAUUCAGUUCCUCUCCAAUCCGGCUGUAACCUUUGGCACAGCCAUUGCUGCUUUCUACCUCCCAGUGGUUAUCAUGACUGUGCUGUACAUCCACAUCUCAUUGGCCAGCCGGAGCCGUGUGAGAAGGCACAAACCAGAGAGUAAGAAAGAGAAGCGGACUAAGCCACUCAGUUUUCUGAAAAGUCCUCUGGUCAAGCAGAAUAACAACAAUUCUCCCAAGAAAGUGGUGGAGGUAAAGGAGGAAGCAAAAAAUGGGAAAGUAGAAGAGCAGCCGUUGCAACCAUCUGAAACUACUGGCCACCAAGAGGAGAAAGAAACCUCUAAUGAAUCCAGCACAGUAAGUAUCACCCAGACGAAUAAAGAGAAACAGGGGCUGGAGAUUGUACCAGCUGAUACAGGUGAGAGCCCUGCCCAUCCUCGGAUCAACCCUGGCUCUAAGUGGUCCAAAAUUAAGAUAGUCACUAAACAAACUGGGACUGAAUGUGUCACUGCCAUUGAGAUUGUCGCAGAGAAAGAAGCCCGUUCCACCCCAAUUACCUUAUCAAACAGCCGUCCAGCUAACGUUGCCAGGAAAUUUGCCAGCAUUGCCAGGAGUCAGGUUAGGAAGAAGCGACAAAUGGCAGCUCGAGAGAAGAAAGUCACCAGAACCAUUUUUGCCAUCUUGUUGGCUUUCAUUUUGACAUGGACACCUUACAACGUGAUGGUUCUCAUUAAUACUUUCUGUGAUUAUUGUGUUCCUGAAACAGUCUGGUCCAUUGGGUACUGGUUGUGUUAUGUCAACAGCACCAUCAACCCAGCUUGUUAUGCCCUUUGCAAUGCUACCUUCAAGAAAACCUUUAAGCAUCUUCUUAUGUGUCAGUACAGGAAUAUUGGUACCGCAAGAUAAUCUGGAUUUGGGGGAAGACUCAGCAAUGGGGUCGUGUGUUGAGAUUUGUUAUUCUCCAACCAGAUAACUCUAUUAUUCUUAGUCAUACCAUUCAUUACUAGAUGGAGCCUUUCACCAAAUACAGAAUCAGAACUAGUGAAAACAUAUGAUUUCGACAUACUUGGCUCUUAAAUAUUCACCAAGAAAUAGGCAGAUCUUCCACCCAGAUAAUCCUCUUGACUGUGCUUCUUCAGAAAACAAAGAAGAAGAAGGAAGCUAGGGAUUAGAUGUGGUGAAGCCUCACAGUAUCACCGACAGACAGACGUAACAGACCAUGCUCUUUUGCCCUGCUGCUCUUGAAAUAAUAUAAACUUUCAUGAUCUUCUAAUUUCUGUCUGACUAAACUAGGAUGCCUCUAUUGGUGGCUAGGUGGUAUAUUAGAAAGAAAUGCAACAAAAAAGAUCCUUCUUUCCUUGGAUGCAUUGCUGGCUUUAAACUUGUGUGCACCUAUGAGACAGAAAGAGUAGCAAGGGACAACAGGGUUAAUUAAUUAAACAGUGAAAAUGAAAACAAAAAUAUAUUGUUUCAGCACCAAUCAUCAAGCUGUAUCAAUUUCUAUUUGUAGGCUCUAGGAUUUUGUCUAGUUGAAUUUCCAGUGUCCCAGAUGCAAGGGACUUGUUCCUCUCAGGGAAUAUAUCAGCUGCUGGAUAGACCUGUCCGCUUCAUAGGCUUCUCAAGGACCUUACCAAAUCUGCCUCAACUUCAUUUCUCCAUGGCAGGCUGUUGGGCCAAACAGAUUUCUUUCAGGAUGAGUUUUUUCAAAACCUCAGAUUGUUUUGAAAAAACAAAAAACAGGAAUAUCACAUGGAUACUCAAAGUCAGUUCUACAACAUUUUGGGUCAUGUGUCAAAGUUGUCUAAAGUUAUUAAUCUCAAAGGUAAGCAUGGUGUCCUUGAAGCAGUGGAAGCUCAAUUGCAGCUCCAAGAAGAACAGCAAACCAGGCAACAAUGAUGGUGGAAGAAGAGCUCUACGCUGGCAAGUCUUUCUAAGAGAGUCUUUAAAGCCCUUCGUUUUUGUUCCUUUUAAAAUUAUGUCACCAUGCAUACCAAGUCCCCCUUGCUCUACACAUAUUUGCUUAAGUAUCAUUUCUUUUUAUGUACUUAUUUUUUAAAAAAAUAUUUGAUACUAGGUUCUGAAGCAGGCUGUGGCGGAGAAAAAAAAUGAGUGGCUGCCCCACUUGUUUCUGCAUUAUGAAUUUGAGGGCACACUAAGAAGAUACUCAUGAGCUUUGUAAAUGAGCAUUGCCUUCCUUCUAGUCAGUGUUGUCAUAGAUCCCUCAGCAUGUGGGUUCCAGUGUACAUAUGCAGCCUAAAUCCCAGAAUACUCAUGUUCCGUGUAAACCCAUUAAAUUGCUCAGUGUCUCUGGCACCCUCAGGAACAUAUUAGAGCAGAGUAUAAUCAGUGAUCCAAUGUUUCCUGGGUUGGUCGGAGUGACCAUGGCUAUAGAUCUCUCUAUUUCAUGGCUAAGGGCUCUCAGUUUAAGAGAUGCCCUUACAUUUGGCCAAAGGCUCCUGCUUCAUGUGGCUGUAGAGGCAGCUAGGCUGCCACUGCCUUUCACAUAAUUUGCAUAAUGUUGCCCAAAAUGCCUUGCAGUGUUUUUUAAAAAUUAAUUUAUUAAUUUAUUUGUUACAACUACAGUGGGAACCACUUAAACAAAUAAAAGAAUUGAACUACAUAUAGCACACCUUUGGGUCAAUCUUUUUUCAAUGAGUUGCAAAUAUUCUUCUCCUCCACAGAGCAUCAUUUAAGAUAUUAGGGAUUAAACUUGAAACUCUCUCAAGAUUUUGUGAAUUAAGAGGUCUCAUGAAAAAAUUCAAGAUGAACUAGGGAGUGUUCCCCAAUCUAGUGACCUCUGGAUCUGUUGGCCAGAAUUCCUAGCCAAUUCAAUGUAUUCCAAGGGAAUCAAAUUGGAAAACUUCCAAUUUAGAAUAUUUUAAAUAACGGUUAGGAUGAUAUAAUAGAUCUUUUGUAAAUUUAAUCAAGUUGUAAAGCUAUAUAACAUGUAAAAUAAAGUUAUGGUAAUCUAGAAUAAGAAAUAGUUAUUGGUUAAGAUGCUUAAAGAUUACUUGCUCAGAAUUAACUUAUCCUAAAAUACCAUUUUGGAACUAGAAUGACUUAAUAGGAAAUUAAGAGUGGACUGUCACAUAGCCGUAUUCCCACAAUAAACUAAGAUAAUUUGA